UUGGCUGCCCACCCCCCCUGCCUCCGCCGGCUCCUCCUCGGCCCCGACGCUCCGCGCCACCACGCCGCCCACUCCGCGGCCGGCGUCCUGGGCCUGUGCCUCGCGGGCGAGGCGCGCGACGGGUUGCCCUCGCAGGAGUACGACCUGCUCGCGCAUCAGGUCCAGGACUACGCCCCGUCCGUCCGCAUCAAGCGCGUCCUGGAGCGCAACGCGCCGCACCAGCAGAGCAGGGGGCAGUUCAACAUCGACCGCACCACCGAGGGCUCGCACUGGCUGCUCCUGCGGACGGAUGUCUACCACACCGUGAUCAACAUGCCGUUCACCCAGUUGAUUCCUUUGUUUGUUGUGGUUUACGUCUCAUCGUGGUUGUUAUUUGCUGUCUUGUGGAUGUACGUCUCGGAGCCAUGCGGGUGCGAGCUCACACACUUCAAGCGCGCCUUCUUCUUGUCCAUGGAGACGAUGAUGACGAUCGGGUACGGCGUCCCCGACCCUUACUUCAACGACUGUGACGAGGUGAUUCCCGUCAUCGUGACCGAAGCCCUUUUCGGGCUCCUGUUGGAUGCUGCGUUCCUGAACACGUUGUUCCAGCGCUUCUCCCGCGCGUUCGAGCGCGCGGCCACGGUCGUUUUCAGCGCCGCGUCUCUCCUCGAGGUGGUCGACCAGGAGAUGCACUGGACGUUCCGCGUCUGCGAGCUGCGGCGGCAGCCUCUGCUGGAGCCGCUGCUGCGGGUGCACUGUGUGCGGGUGGAGCCGUGCCAGUCCCAUCCUGACCGUGUGGAAGUCAAAGUCUUGCCGGUCGCCCUCUCCCAGCCGUCGGAGGACAUUGCCGACGCGCAUGCCUUACCGGUGCCUCCUCUCCCUGCCGGUGGCGGCCGUGCACAAGAUCGAUCGCUCCACCCGCUCGCGCCGCCCCCCGCGGCGGGUUGCGACGGCUCGGACCCCACGCCGGACGAGGUCCACAGGCACCUGCGCUCGCUGCCGUACCUGGAGCUCAUCGCGAUUGUGAGCGGCACCGACGGCGUGACAGGCGACGACGGGAGGGAGGAGAAGGACGGCCACGCCCGCGGAGAUCCUGCCCAACCGCAGGUUCGCCCCCUGCGUCUCGGUGGAGCGAGGCCUGCUGACCGUGAGCUUCAGCGACUUGCAUGCGACGGAGCCCACGACGGGCACGACCAGCAUGUAGCAGGUGGCUGGACAGACUAUAAGUUUGCGACGGCAAAGCUGCUUGCGAGUUGA